CACUAUAAAUCGUUUGUUUAUACGUUUACCUUCUCAUUUAAAAAACACUACUCUGGUGUUAUUUAACUUACUUAUUUUCACAUUUCGAAAUAUAAAAUCUGAUAGGAAAGUUGUACACCGUAUUGGCUAGCUAGGAAGCUAGUGGGUAACUGGCAGCGCUAGCUAAAUAUUGUUUGGUUAGCGGUGUUCUAUUUUCAAAUGAGUAAUUUUGGUAUCUCAGGGAAUUUGGAUUCUGAUGGGGGACAUAAAAAAUUUCCUCUAUGCCUGGUGUGGGAAAAAGAAAUUAACACCAAACUAUGAAAUCCGUGCUGUUGGUAACAAGAACAGGCAGAAGUUUAUGUGUGAGGUUUGUGUGGAUGGCUUCAGCUACACUGGAAUGGGGAAUUCCACCAACAAGAAGGAUGCUCAGGCCAACGCAGCAAGAGACUUCGUCAAUUUUCUUGUCCGUGUUGGUGAAUUGAAUGCUGCAGAUGUUCCUGCUAUUGGGGUGUCUGUAAAUGAGGUAGAUGCAGGCAGAGGGGUAGCGGAUGGGUUUGGAAAUCUGCCUUCAAAUGGGCCUCUUCCCCCACAUUUAGUUGUCCAAGCUGAUAAAGAGCAAUCAGGCAAUAGCUCUGGAACUGUUGCUGGUAUGGGGUAUUCCGGGUACAGCGAUGCCCUGUCAGAUCGUGGGGCUAACCUGAAGGACUACUUCACUAGGAGAGAGGAGCAAGAAGCAAAAGCAACACUGGAGUCUGAGGAGGUUGAUUUGAAUGCGGGACUUCAUGGGAAUUGGACUUUAGAGAAUGCCAAAGCUCGACUGAACCAGUUUUUCCAAAAGGAGAAAAAUCAGACUGAAUACAAAUACAGCCAAGUUGGUCCUGAUCACAACAGGAGUUUUAUUGCAGAAAUGAGUGUUUUUGUAAGGCAGCUUGGCAGAAAAAUCUUUGCCCGUGAGCAUGGCUCUAACAAGAAGCUGGCUGCCCAGUCCUGUGCUCUGUCGAUUGUGCGGCAGCUUUACCAUUUGGGUGUCAUUGAGGCAUAUACAGGCCUGACAAAGAAGAAGGAAGGAGAGACGAUGGAAGCUUUUGAAGUGAAUAUGGCAGAUGAUUUGCAGAAGCAGCUUGAAUGCAUGGUCCAGGAACUGGGCAUGCAGAUUCCACCGCUGCCUGAAAGUGCAGGUGCUAGCGUAUCCCUGGUCCAGGGGAAAAUGGCCCACUUCGAGCCAUCCCAGAAGCAGAAUGCAGCCGGUGUGGUGCCCUGGUCACCACCUCAGGUCAACUGGAACCCUUGGACCAGCAGCAACAUCGAUGAGGGCCCUCUAGCAUUAUGCAGUCCGGAACAGAUCAGUUUCGACCUUAUGCAAGAGCUAAUGUACCAGCUGGAGCAGGAUCAAAAUCUACAGAAGGUUAUCGAAGAACGGCAGCAGCUCCCUGUGAAGAAAUUUGAAGAGGAGAUCCUAAGAACCAUAAAGAACAGUCCUGUGGUCAUCAUUCGCGGUGCCACAGGGUGUGGAAAGACCACCCAAGUUCCCCAGUACAUUCUGGAUGAAUUCAUUAAAAGUGGCAAGGCGUCCGACUGUAACAUCGUUGUGACUCAGCCUCGCCGUAUCAGCGCUGUGUCUGUUGCUGAGCGUGUUGCCUUUGAGCGCGGGGAAGAUGUGGGCAAGAGCUGUGGCUACAGCGUGCGCUUUGAGUCCAUACUUCCCAGGCCGCAUGCCAGCAUUCUCUUCUGCACUGUUGGAGUUCUGCUGAGAAAACUCGAAGCUGGUAUCCGUGGAAUCAGUCAUGUCAUUGUGGAUGAAAUACACGAGCGAGAUCUUAAUACAGAUUUCCUUCUGGUGGUGCUACGGGAUGUUGUCCAGACCUAUCCAGAAAUACGUGUAAUCCUUAUGUCUGCUACUAUCGACACGACAAUGUUUCGGGAAUACUUUUUCAGCUGCCCAAUUAUUGAAGUAUUUGGUCGUACAUUCCCUGUACAAGAGUAUUUCUUAGAGGAUUGUAUUCAGAUGACCAAAUUUAUUCCUCCACCAAUGGAUAAAAAGAAAAAGGACAGGGAUGUGGAUGCUGAUGACGAUGAGACAAAUUGCAAUGUUAUUUGUGGAGAUGAGUAUGGUCCUGAUACCAGACGCUCCAUGGCCCAGAUGAAUGAGAAGGAGACUUCUUUUGAAUUGAUUGAGGCAUUACUGAAGUACAUUGAAACGCUUGAAGUCAGCGGGGCAGUGCUCAUUUUCCUUCCUGGCUGGAACCUCAUCUAUUCCUUACAGAAACACCUUGAAAUGAACCCACACUUCGGGAGCCACCGGUACAGGAUUUUUCCUCUCCAUUCCCAGAUACCUAGAGAGGAGCAACGAAGAGUGUUUGACUCUGUACCUGAAAAUGUAACAAAGGUGAUUUUGUCAACAAAUAUAGCAGAGACUAGCAUUACCAUCAAUGAUGUCGUCUAUGUCAUCGACUCUUGCAAGCAGAAAGUGAAGCUGUUUACGUCUCACAACAAUAUGACAAACUAUGCCACGGUUUGGGCAUCCAAGACAAACUUGGAACAGAGGAAGGGCAGAGCAGGCAGAGUGCGGCCUGGCUUCUGCUUCCACCUCUGUAGCCAGGCCCGGUUUGAGAGACUGGAAACCCACAUGACAGCUGAGAUCUUUCGGACACCUCUCCAUGAAGUAGCCCUAAGUAUCAAGCUGCUGAGACUAGGUGGUAUUGGACAGUUUCUCUCAAAGGCCAUUGAGCCUCCUCCUCUGGAUGCGGUUAUUGAGGCUGAGCACACUCUGAGAGAGCUGGAUGCGUUAGAUCUAAAUGAUGAAUUGACCCCUCUGGGCAGAAUCCUAGCAAAGCUGCCUAUUGAACCCCGACUGGGAAAGAUGAUGAUUAUGGGAUGCCUGUUCCAUGUUGGUGAUGCAAUGUGCACCAUCUCAGCAGCCACCUGCUUCCCAGAGCCAUUCAUCAGUGAGGGCAAGCGGCUGGGUUUUGUUCACAGGAAUUUCGCCGGCUAUCGCUUCUCAGACCACGUGGCUCUUCUUUCAGCCUUUCAGGCCUGGGAUGAUGCUAGAAUGGGUGGGGAAGAUGCAGAAAUCAGGUUCUGUGAACACAAACGGCUGAACAUGUCCACUCUGAGGAUGACAUGGGAAGCCAAAGUGCAGCUGAAGGAUAUUCUGAUCAAUUCUGGGUUUCCUGAAGAAUGCUUGAUGGUGCAGGUGUUUAGCAAUGUUGACCCAGACAACAAUCUGGAUGUGGUGGUUUCCCUUCUGAGCUUUGGCUUGUACCCCAAUGUCUGCUACCACAAAGAGAAAAGGAAGAUCCUCACCACUGAGGGACGUAAUGCCCUCAUCCACAAGUCUUCAGUAAACUGCCCCUUCAGCAAUCAAGACAUGAAAUACCCUGGACCAUUUUUUGUUUUUGGAGAAAAAAUUCGGACACGUGCCAUUUCUGCCAAAGGAAUGACUCUGGUCAGCCCAAUACAGCUAAUUUUGUUUGCAUCAAAAAAAAUUUUGUCCCAAGGUGACAUUGUUGUACUUGAUGACUGGAUCAAGCUUAACAUACCCCAUACUACAGCUGGCUGCAUAGCAGCUAUUAGAGCAGGCAUGGAAGCCCUUCUUGUAGAUGUCACAAAAGAUCCAGAGUAUAUCCGGCAGAUGAACCCUGUCAGCCAGAAAAUGCUGAAUCUAAUACGGCUGAUUUCUAAACCUUCAGCAGCUGGACUGAACCUUAUGGUUUCCAGCUCACGAUUUGGAGAUGGUCCUCGGCCUUCUAAGAUGCCCCGUUUUGACAGGGGUGGUCGAGGAUUUCAUGGAGGAUACCAAGCAGGAUACCAGCGGGGGUGUCAGGGAGGUUAUCAGGGUGGAUACCAGGGAGGAUUCCAAGCUGGUUAUGCCCCCAGGUACCAGAGAGGCUAUGGAGGCGGUGUAUACAGGCAGGGUGGAGGUAGAGGAGCAUACAGAGGGUCCUGGGGAGGAUUCAGAGGUGGAAGUGGAAGUGGGGGCCGCGGCUAUGGCCGAUGAAGAGGAGGUGAACAAUUUAAGGAAGUUUCACAAGUACAAAGCUUUCCUUCUCUGUUAGUUGCUAUAAAUGAUACAAACAUAUGUUAAGGUAGUUCAAAACAAUUUAACUAUUUUUAAAGGAUUUUUGUUUUUAUACAAGUUGGGACAAAAACACCUUUUCAUUUUCAUAUACAUGUGUUUAUUGGGGGUUUUGUCUCACUUUUCUCACAAAGGAAGCAUGAGUGCUGUGGCAGAAGCGUAACAUCUCACAUUUGUCACAAUCAGGCAAUAUUCUGUUUUUUUUUUUACUUUACAGAUGUGGAAUUUCUUUUCUUCUGUGUAAAGCUCUUUGCUGUGCUGUCAGUUAAAUUCUUUGGGGAAAUUUUGUACAAGUUACAUAGAAAGUGAAUUUCUGUUUGAAUUUGUUGUUCAUGGCCACACUGUGUUUGUGCUGUAUUUGGAAGUGUCAGCCUGAUUUGUUUUAUCAGCUUGAUUCUGAAUAUUCUGUUCACAUGGCUACUUUAUAAAUAUUUAAAUAUUGUCAUAGUUUCAAACUUGGCCUUCCAUUCAGGCUUAAUGUUCCAUAUACAAUUGAAAACAUGUAUAAUUUAAUAAAACAUGGAAAUAUUCUUUGCAAAAAUAUCCAUUAUCCAUAUUUACUUUUUGUUAGUAUCCCAAAAUCUGAGAUUCUUAUCCAUUUCAAAUUGUUAGGUACAGAAUCUUGUUUCCCAUGUAACUAGCUCUACAAACAACGCAUUUGUAUAGUAUGUAUACUACCGUUUGAAAGUCACAUAAAGCAAGUUUUUGUCUAUUAAAAUAACAUCAGAUUGAUCAUAAA